CGACAGUUUCGCACACUUUACGACAGAGACUCAGCAGGCCACACGACAGUUGCGCACAUUUUACGGCAGUGGCUGUCAGAGGUGAUGAGAUUUGAUCUGGCCUCUGUAGGAACUCUGAAGGUUUUCUGUCUGACAGUUGUGUUGAGUGUUUUGAUGUUGCCGGUUCUGCGGCGGGUUCUAGGAUUUCGAGCGUUCUCCAUGGCAUCAGAAACUUACUCAUCUGGUACCCACUCUGCUGCCUUCGUCACCUGUCCUAAUGACACAGUGGCCAAAGAGCUUGCCAGAGGAAUCGUGGAGAAGAAACUGGCUGCAUGUGUGAACAUCGUACCUCAGAUCAUAUCUGUGUAUGAGUGGCAGGGGAAGAUUGAAGAAGACAAUGAAGUUCUGCUUAUGAUUAAGACGAGAAGUUCAAAGGUUCCUGCUCUUGCUGAAUAUGUCAGGUCAAAUCAUCCGUAUGAAGUGGCAGAGGUGAUCAGUUUGCCGAUUGAUCAGGGAAAUCCUCCGUAUCUGAAAUGGAUCGGUGACGUUGUGCCGGAGUGAUGCGAGCGUUCGGUUCACUCGCUGUACUUCAGUUACUACAGCUGUUAAACACACAUGAAAAAAUAUCACCUUGAGUUUCUUUCAUUUGCUGCUUUCUAAAAUGUUUGUCAUUUGAAUAGCAGAAAGUCAAAUAUUAAAGGUGAUGUGAGCACUUUAUGUGAUGUGAGACAGAUUUAUUUGUAAGCAUUAUUUUCAUUUGUAUUAAAGGUUUUAAGUCGACGGAUGCCUAAUA